AUGGGGAAUAAACAAACUAAAGUUAAUAAACGUAUUAACAUUUUAAAUGAAGAAGAAACAUUUUGUGUGUUUGAAGGUUCUGAAGAAGAAGAAGAAGAAAGAAAUUCCAAUUCUUUGUUUUAUCAAACUCAAUACACUGACCAUUAUCGGGUUUGUACAAAGACUAAAAAAGGAUUUUUAACACCUCAAGGAUCUCCAAGAAAUUGUUGUUCACUAAGAAAAAUAAAAUCUGCUGCUUUUGAAAUUCCUAAGUUUGAUAAUAAAAGUUCAAUUCUUUCUGAUAUAGAAAACUGGUGUUGUUCAAAUCAAUUUAAUAUUCUUUAUAAUUCAUCAAUUGAUGGAUUAACAACACGUGCUUUUAAUUCAAAAGUAUGUUGUUGUUCUAAUGUUUUAAUUAUUGUUAUUACAGAAGAUGGUUCUAUCUUUGGAUGUUAUCAUCCAGAUGUCAUAUGUCCAGCUCAAAAUCAUUGUAUUCAAAAGUCAAUUUGUAAAGAAGGAUUUUUUCUUUUUACGCAUAAUUAUACAACAAUAGAAAAAAUGACAAAAAAAAGUAAAACGGAAGAAGUAUUAACUAUUCACCCUCAAUGUGAAUCAAAUUUUGUUCUUACUAUUGCCUCUGCAUUUUGGAUAUUAGCAGAUAGGACUGUUCAUAUUCAUCCAUCAUUAAAAAGUCAUUAUUAUGUAAAAUCACCAAUGUUAAAUCCAAUGUUAGGAAGAAUGAUAAAUAAAGUAAGCUAUAUAUCAACUCUUUUAGCAGUUGAAUGUAUAUAA